AUGGGUUCAGCAUCUCUGUUGAAUUCUUCACAAUCAGGUGCGGAGAACGGCAAGAGUAAAGAUGAAUCUGUUGUUUCGAAAACAGAAGGGAAAAUUAUGAAUAAAAACACACAAAAGAAGCGAAGAAGUUUGGCAGUAAGCAGUGAUCAGAUUUUUGGUACACGCAAAAUGCCAAGAUGUGCUGCAGCAUGCAAAGAUUUGAAGGAGAAAUCUGUUUUGAUAUCUGAUAAGUCUUGUAUCAUCGAAACAGAGAAGGAUCACAUUGUAGAGGAAGAAAUCGUAGCUGUCCGCGUGACUGCAGGACAGGAUGAUGGUCGACCAAAUAGGCGAAUUACAGAGUUUAUCCUUCAUGAUGAAAAUGGCACAGGACAGCCCCUUGAGAUGCUUGAAGUUAAUGAUUUAUAUAUCACUGGAGUUAUAUUGCCUCUUGAAGCAAGCACAGACAAGAAAAAAGAGAAAGGUAUAAGGUGUGAAGGAUUUGGUCGAAUUGAAUCUUGGGAUAUAUCUGGCUAUGAAGAUGGUUCUCCAGUGAUAUGGAUUUCUACUGAUGUUGCUGAUUAUGACUGCCAGAAACCAGCUGCAUGUUACAAAAAGUUCUACGAUCGUUUCUUUGAAAAGGCUCGUGCAUGUAUAGAAGUGUAUAAAAAACUUGCCAAGUCCUCCGGCGGGGACCCUGAUAUAAGUCUUGAUGAGUUACUUGCUGGCAUGGCACGGUCUAUGAGCGGUAGCAAAUGCUUUUCUGGAACUGCAUCCAUAAAGGAUUUUGUUAUUUCUCAGGGUGAGUUCAUUUAUAAGCAACUCAUUGGUUUGGACAUGACAUCCAAGACAAAAGACAAGAUGUUUGCAGAUAUCCCUGCUCUUAUUGCUUUAAGAGAUGAGACUAAGAAACAGGCAAACGAUUUACAUACACAAUUAAUACCCUCAAAUGGGAGUCUAAGGAUUGACUCGGGAAAUAGAGAUGGAAAAAACACGAAUCAGAUGGAUUUGGUGGAUUCUGCAAACCAUGAAGAUGAAGAUGCAAAGUUAGCACGACUCUUGCAGGAAGAAGAGUAUUGGCACUCUAUGAAGCAGAAGAAACACUCCAGAUCAGCUUUUGUAUCUAACAAAUACUAUAUCAAAAUUAAUGAGGAUGAGAUCGCCAAUGAUUAUCCUCUCCCUGCGUUUUACAAAACCUCCCUUCAAGAAACAGAUGAGUUUAUAGUGUUUGAUAAUGACUAUGAUAUGUAUGACACUGAAGAUCUUCCUCGAAGCAUGCUACAUAAUUGGUCUUUGUACAACUCAGAUGCAAGAUUGGUUUCCUUGGAACUUCUUCCUAUGAAACCUUGUCCAGACAUCGAUGUUGCUAUCUUUGGAUCUGGUGUAAUGACUUCAGAUGAUGGAAGUGGGUUCCAUCUUGAAACUGAAGCUGGCCAAACUUCUUCCGCUGGUUCUGAAGCACAGGCUGCUGAUGGAAUGCCAAUUUUUCUGAGUGCCAUAAAGGAAUGGAUGAUUGAAUUUGGAUCAUCUAUGAUUUUCAUAUCCAUCCGAACAGAUAUGGCCUGGUAUAGACUUGGUAAACCGGCAAAGCAGUAUGCUCCUUGGUAUAACACAGUGUUAAAAACUGCAAGGCUUGCUAUAAGCAUUAUUACCUUGCUGAAAGAACAGAGCCGAAUAUCGCGACUUUCCUUUGGAGAUGUCAUCAAGAAAGUAUCGGAGUUUAAUCAGAAAGAUGGUUCUUACAUAUCUUCUGAUCCAUCGGCUGUUGAGAGAUAUGUUGUUGUCCAUGGGCAGAUUAUUCUGCAACUGUUUGCAGAAUUUCCCGAUGAUAAGAUCAGAAGGUCUGCAUUUGUGACUGGUCUUGCAAAGCAAAUGGAAGAGCGACACCAUACCAAAUGGUUAGUGAAGAAGAAGAAAGUUCUGCCCAGGAGUGAACCAAACUUGAAUCCUAGGGCAGCAGUGGGUCCUAUUGUGUCCAAGAAGAAAGCUAUGCAAGCAACAACAACAAGGCUGAUCAAUAGAAUAUGGGGAGAGUAUUACUCAAACCACAUGCCAGAGGAUUCAAUAGAGGGGGCUGUUAGUGAAUUAAAGGAAGAGGAUGAAGUGGAGGAACAGGAAGAAAAUGAAGAUGAGGAAUAUGAAGAGGAGCCAAUACUUUUGGAGGGAACUACAAAGAAACAUUCAGCUUCAAAGCAAACUAAAACAUUUUCUGCUAAUGCAGAAAUAAGAUGGGAAGGAAAACCUGAAGGGAAGACUAGUUCUGGAUAUCCUGUUUAUAAACAGGCAAUCAUUAAUGGGGAAGUUAUUUGUGUAGGAAGAUCUGUGUUAGUCGAAGUUGAUGAAACAGAUGAACUUCCAGACAUGUAUUAUGUUGAAUAUAUGUUUGAGUCAAAGAAUAGAAGAAAAAUGUUUCAUGGUAGGAUGAUGCAGCAUGGUUGUCACACUGUUCUUGGCAAUACUGCUAAUGAGAGAGAAGUGUUUUUGACUAAUGAGUGUAAGGAUUUGGGACUGCAGGAUGUUAAGCUGACAGUUGUUGUAAAUAUUCAGAAAAGGCCUUGGGGGCAUCAGCAUCGAAAGGAUAAUAUCAUUGCAGAUAGUGUUGACAGGGCUAGGGCUGAAGAAAGGAAGAAGAAAGGACUACCUACUGAAUAUUACUGUAAAAGCCUGUACUGGCCUGAAAGGGGUGCUUUCUUUAGUCUUCCAUUUGAUACUUUGGGUCAAGGGUCUGGUAUUUGCUCAUCUUGCAAAAUACUUGACAUUGAAAAGGAGAAGGAUAUUUUCAAUGUAAAUUCCUCCAAGUCUGGCUUCCUAUUUAAAGGAAUUGAGUAUUGUCUUAAUGAUUAUGUUUAUGCAAGUCCAUUUGAAUUUGAGGAAAAGAUCGAGCAAGGAACUCAUAAGAGUGGGAGGAAUGUGGGGUUGAAAGCUUAUGUUGUGUGUCAAGUUCUAGAGAUUGUUCUCAGAAAGGAAAUAAAACACGCUGAAAUAAAAUCUACACAAGUCAAAAUCAGGAGGUUCUUCCGACCGGAAGAUGUAUCAAAUGAGAAGGCAUACUGUUCUGAUAUACAAGAGGUUUAUUACAGUGAUGAAACACAUAUAAUAUCUGUAGACUCCAUAGAAGGGAAAUGUGAAGUCAGAAAGAAGAGUGAUAUCCCUGAUUGCAGUGCCCCCGGAAUGUUCCAAAAUGUAUUUUUCUGCGAGCUCUUGUAUGAUCCUGCCACCGGCUCACUGAAAAAGUUACCAGCUCAUAUAAAAUUAAAAUAUUCGAGUGCACAAACAUCGGAUGAUGCAGCUACAAAGAGAAAAGGAAAAUGUAAAGAGGGAGAUGAACUUUCAGAGCCCUGUAAGGAAGUUAAAAGAUUAGAUGAAAAACGUUUAGCAACCUUGGACAUCUUUGCAGGUUGUGGUGGUUUAUCAGAGGGGUUGGAGCAGUCAGGUAAUCUUAACUACAUUAUUAUAGCAAGAAACCAAACUGUAUCUGCUUCAAAUGCAUAA